AUGCCUCACCGUUUGCCUGACCCUGCUUCGCUCGUUGCCGGCGUCAGCUCUUGCCCCGCCUUCUCUUUGAAGAUGGGCUCCUCACCCGUCAUGUCUGAUGUGUCCCAGGCUCUCGAGAUUGCUCGCGAGAGCCCUGCUGGCGCCUCUGAUCCCACCGUUAGCAAGAUUCUCGACCAAGCCAUCGCCAGCAUCUGGAACAAGAUUCAAGCCCAGCCUGACGACUAUGUCAUGACGCGUGAUGAGUUUUCCGUCUUCAACUACUUCCAGCAUCGAUUCAACGGAGACAAGACGGCUGUCGCUGCUCGCGCCCGUUACUGGAACAGCACCAAAGCCUAA